CUUGAGGCAACGCAUAGGGCCCUGGAGCGCUCUGAGUUUCCUUCUUCAUGAGUUUUUCUGUGUCUUAUCCUACUAGCAGCCUCUUUUCUCUGUGGCUCGGUCUUCUGAAUUUAGCAAGGGACUUAAGAACCUGUCCAACCAUUCAGGUGCCCAUGCCUUAGCUUUAAAUUGCCACGGAAGGCAGAAAGAUCUAGUUUGGUGCUAUCGCAUGUGAGUUACUGAUUAACUGAUCUAAGGCAAUCAUGGUUUCUCUUAGAUCUGCCUUCACUUCCUUGUUGCUAGUCCGCCAGAACCAAACAUUUGAAUUCAGCUUCCCACUUCCUCUUCUCUCCCUCUUCAAUUUAACUGAAGGAGCCUCUGGAUCUUGGAACAGGUCUCCGUGGAGUGCUAGCGGAACCUCGGGUGGGAACUUUGAAGACCUGUAUGUUUUUUUUCAGGGGUCAGAAUCCUGGACCAGAAGUUAAAGCAAUUUUGUUUUGAUGCUGUGCCAGAAAUCUUCUGACAAUGAGUUACUGGAACUUGGAGAAAAGGAACUGUGUGCAGUACCGCAGGCAUUUUCUGGUGGACAACAGUCUGUUUCACGUUGAAAGAUGCAUGAGUGUCAUGCAGUCCGGGACACAGAUGAUCAAACUGAAGCGUGGGACCAAAGGGCUCGUCCGGCUCUUUUACCUGGAUGAGCACCGGACCCGCCUCCGAUGGAGACCCUCUAGGAAGAGUGAGAAGGCAAAAAUACUUAUUGACUCCAUUUACAAAGUCACCGAGGGUCGGCAGUCUGAAAUAUUCCACAGACAGGCUGAGGGGAACUUUGAUCCCAGCUGCUGCUUCACCAUCUACCAUGGCAACCACAUGGAGUCCCUGGACCUCAUCACCUCCAACCCUGAGGAGGCCCGCACCUGGAUCACAGGCCUCAAGUACCUGAUGGCCGGCAUCAGUGAUGAAGAUUCCCUUGCCAAAAGGCAGAGGACCCACGACCAGUGGGUGAAGCAGACCUUUGAGGAAGCUGAUAAGAAUGGUGAUGGCUUAUUGAACAUUGAAGAGAUACACCAAUUGAUGCACAAACUAAAUGUCAAUCUGCCCCGAAGAAAAGUCAGACAAAUGUUUCAGGAAGCUGAUACAGAUGAGAAUCAGGGAACUUUGACAUUUGAAGAGUUCUGUGUUUUUUACAAAAUGAUGUCAUUGAGACGGGACCUUUAUUUGUUGCUUUUGAGCUACAGUGACAAGAAAGAUCACCUAACUGUGGAAGAACUGGCUCAGUUUUUGAAGGUGGAGCAAAAGAUGACGAAUGUGACAACAGACUAUUGUAUUGACGUCAUAAGAAAAUUUGAAGUUUCUGAAGAAAAUAAGGCAAAAAAUGUCCUUGGCAUAGAAGGCUUCACGAACUUCAUGCGUAGUCCUGCUUGUGACAUAUUUAACCCACUGCACCAUGAAGUGUACCAGGACAUGGACCAGCCCCUGUGCCACUACUACAUCGCUUCCUCCCACAAUACAUACCUGACCGGGGACCAGCUCCUGUCUCAGUCCAAAGUGGACAUGUAUGCACGGGUGCUGCAGGAGGGCUGUCGCUGCGUGGAAGUUGACUGUUGGGAUGGCCCCGACGGAGAGCCGGUCGUACACCACGGUUACACGCUCACUUCAAAGAUCCUCUUCAGAGAUGUUGUGGAGACCAUCAACAAGCAUGCCUUUGUGAAGAACGAGUUCCCGGUCAUACUGUCUAUUGAGAAUCACUGCAGUGUCCAGCAGCAAAGGAAAAUUGCUCAGUACCUGAAAGGAAUAUUCCGAGACAAACUCGACCUGUCAUCUGUAGACACAGGAGAGACCAAGCAGCUUCCAAGCCCUCAAAGUUUGAAAGGCAAGAUCCUAGUGAAGGGCAAGAAGUUACCUUAUCACCUUGGAGAUGAUGCAGAGGAAGGGGAAGUUUCCGAUGAAGACAGUGCAGAUGAAAUCGAAGAUGAGUGCAAGUUCAAGUUCCAUUAUAAUAACGGGACCACUGAGCAUCAGGUGGAAUCUUUCAUAAGGAAAAAACUGGAGUCGCUGUUAAAAGAAUCUCAAAUUCGAGACAAGGAAGAUCCUGAUAGUUUCACAGUGAGGGCACUACUGAAGGCCACGCAUGAAGGCUUAAAUGCACACCUGAAGCAGCAUCCAGAUGUGAAGGAAAGUGGAAAGAAAACACACGGACGAUCCCUCAUGACCAACUUCGGAAAACAUAAGAAAACCACAAAAUCACAGUUCAAAUCUUAUAGUGCUGAUGAAGAGGAGGACGCACAGCAGAAUCCUGGCAAGGAGACCGGCCAGCUGUACAGGUUGGGCCGCCGAAGGAAAACCAUGAAGCUCUGUCGAGAGCUCUCUGAUUUGGUUGUGUACACAAACUCCGUGGCAGCCCAGGAUAUUGUGGAUGAUGGAACCACAGGAAAUGUGUUAUCAUUCAGUGAAACAAGAGCACAUCAGGUGGUUCAGCAGAAAUCUGAGCAGUUCAUGACUUAUAAUCAGAAGCAGCUCACGAGGAUUUAUCCCUCUGCCUACCGCAUCGAUUCCAGUAACUUCAACCCUCUGCCCUACUGGAACGCAGGUUGCCAGCUAGUGGCAUUGAACUACCAGUCUGAAGGGCGAAUGAUGCAGUUAAAUCGAGCCAAAUUCAAGACAAAUGGCAAUUGCGGCUAUGUCCUCAAACCCCAGCAGAUGUGCAAAGGUACUUUCAACCCUUUCUCUGGUGAUCCACUUCCUGCCAACCCUAAGAAGCAGUUCAUCCUGAAAGUAAUUAGUGGACAACAGCUCCCCAAACCUCCAGAUUCCAUGUUUGGAGACCGAGGCGAGAUCAUUGAUCCUUUUGUAGAAGUUGAAAUUAUCGGAUUGCCAGUAGAUUGUUGUAAAGACCAGACUCGUGUGGUAGAUGACAAUGGAUUUAACCCUGUGUGGGAAGAAACCCUCACAUUUACAGUACACAUGCCAGAAAUAGCUUUGGUUCGGUUCCUUGUCUGGGAUCACGAUCCGAUUGGACGAGAUUUUGUUGGGCAAAGAACUGUGACCUUUAGCAGCUUAGUGCCUGGCUACCGGCAUGUCUAUUUGGAAGGACUGACGGAAGCAUCCAUUUUUGUCCACAUAACAAUCAAUGAAAUCUAUGGAAAGAACAGACAGCUCCAAGGUCUGAAAGGGCUGUUCAAUAAGAAUCCCAGGCACAGCUCUUCAGAAAACAGUUCCCAUUAUGUUCGGAAGCGAUCGAUUGGAGAUAGGAUUCUGCGACGCACAGCCAGUGCUCCAGCCAAAGGCAGAAAAAAGAGCAAAAUGGGCUUCCAAGAAAUGGUAGAGGUAAAGGAUUCUGUGUCUGAGGCUGCAAGAGAUCAAGAUGGGGUCCUGAGAAGGACCGCACGGAGUUUGCAAGCACGCCCUGUCUCUAUGCCUGUUGACAGAAGUCUUCUGGGGGCUCUGUCGCUGCCUAUAUCCGAAACUGCAAAAGACACAGAAGGAAAAGAAAGCUCUCUGGCAGAAGAUACGGAUGACAGAAGAGAUGGGAAGGCAAGUAUAAAAGACCAACAUUUUCCAAAUUUCAACAAAAAGUUAUCCGCUUCCUCCAGUGCUCUCCUCCACAGAGACAUCAGCCACGGGGACUCUGCUGUUUCUACCGCCAACUUGUCAAUCACAGCACAGUUGCUACCAGGUCCAAAGGGUGGGAGAACCAAAUCAAAUGUGUUAAGUGAUCGCCAGGAACACCAGUGUACCAACAAAUCCCUCUCCCCAAGGCAGCAUUUGGCUCGUGACCCUGCAGUUAGCCUAACACAAGAUCUAUGUGGUGUGAAAACCAAGGAAAAUGGGAAUGCUGGGGGCUUCGUGGUAGGGAAAAGCGCAUUGUCAGGAAGCAUCCUUUCUCAAAGCAAUCUGGAGAUUAAGAAGCUGGAAGGUAAUUGGGAUAAGGGCAGAGCUGCAACAUCCUUUUCUUUGUCAGACGUCUCUACGCUCUGUUCUGACAUACCUGACUUACAUUCCACUGCAAUUCUCCAGGAGAGUGAAAUUUCCCAUCUUAUUGAUAAUGUCACUUUGACAAAUGAGAAUGAGCCUGGCAGUUCCAUCUCAGCACUGAUUGGCCAGUUUGAUGAGACCAGCGACCAGGCUAACCCCACAGUUUUGUCUCAUCUUCAGAGCCCCAGUGUGAUAGCAGGCCAUCCUCCCUUGCCUACCAUGGACCUAAAAAUGCCCUUCAUGCAUGGCUUUUCCAGUGGAAAACCCAAGUCAUCCUUCCUGUGCUCAUCUCCUGAGCAGACUGCAUUCCUGGGGCACGAGAUCUCUGAGUGCUCAACACAUGCAGCUGUUUGUGAGUCUGUCUGCACUCCUGUCUCUAAAACUAAAGCAGAUGACCUUUCUGGGAAGACCAAGACAGGGGCCAUGGAAAACAAUCUGCCUCUGUCCUCUAAUAAUCCUCACUGCUGGUUACUAAAAAGUCCCACCCACAGAAAAGACUGGGAAAUACUGAAGAACCACAGCCCUGCCACUUCCACUGACUUGACACUGAAAGAUGUAAUGGUGGAUCCCACUCUCUGUUUAAAUUCUGGGGAGAGCAGUCUCGUGGAAAUGGAUGGAGACUCACAAAGUCUGCCUUUAACAACCUAUGGAUAUAGGAGAGAGGGCACAAGUCACCUCGCUUCUCCUUUAAAACUGAAAUACAGUCAGGAUGUGGUGGAACAUUUUCAAAGAGGCUUGAGAAAUGGCUACUGUAAAGAGACUCUCCACUCUUCUGUCUCUGAAAUAUUCAACAGUAGUAUUCAAGAUGUCAAAAAUCAAAAUAUUUCUCGUCUAGCCUAUCAGGGAGCUGGUUUUAUGCAUAACCAUUUCUCAAAUUCAGAUGCAAAAAAGAACCAGACCCCUGGGCCCCUGUCUAGCGUUCAAGACAUGCAUGACCCUGCCCCCGAGCAGUCCACACACCCUCCUCUGCCUGCUCUGAAGCUGCCCAGUCCUUGCAAAUCCAAAAGUCUGGGAGACUUAACAUCAGAGGACAUCGCCUGUAAUUUUGAAAGCAAGUACCAGUGUAUUAGUAAGAGCUUUGUUACAACGGGCAUCAGAGACAAGAAGAGCGUAACUGUGAAAACAAAGUCGUUAGAGCCUAUAGAUGCCCUGACCGAACAGCUGCGGAAGCUUGUGUCCUUUGACCAGGAAGACGGCUGCCAAGUGCUGUAUUCCAAGCAAGAUGUCAAUCAGUUCCCCAGGGCACUGGUCAGAAAGUUGUCAUCCAGAAGUCAGAGCAGAGUGCGCAACAUUGCCAGUCGCGCCAAGGAAAAGCAGGAAGCCAACAAGCAGAAAAGUGUGAACCCCAGCCCUGUGGGAGGAGUGGUUCUUCGAAGCAAACCCUGCGCACCGGCACCCGCGGGGAACCGGCACUCCACCGGCUCGUACAUCGCGGGCUACUUGCGGAGCGCCAAGGGCGCCUGCGGCGUGGAGGGCCGCGGCAUCCCCGAGGGCGCGUGCGCAGCCCUGCGCUCCGGGCAUGCCGACCAGUUCUGUUCACAUCAUUCCGUUUUGCAGACCGAGCCGAGCAGUGAUGAUAAACCAGAAAUUUAUUUUCUUUUGAGACUGUGAAUUACAUAAAGCUGCAUUUUUUUUUUACAUUUAAAUAAGCUGCAUUUUCACUGUUUACAAGAUAUUCUGUAGAAUGUCUGAGUUUUCAGUAAAUACGGUCCUUGGCUUUGAGAUGAUUUUAAAAUGUAUUUUUCUUAAACUUGUAUUACCGUCUCCCUUUGACUCCAUGUGUUCUUCUUGUUCAUGCGUUUGUAUAUAGCUUCGGGUGGCAUUUCCCAUGUACCUUUCUGAUCUUUCUCCCCUGAGGUGUAAACUCUAUUGGUAUGAUGUAUGUGCAUGCCCUAGAUGUGAAACUUCUCAGCAGCUUGGUUCCUACCGUCCGUAUGUUUCACCAAGAUGCUCUUUACUCUUUGUCCUCAGAUCACAGUCACAAAUGUAGUCAUUUUUACUGUCAAGAGAUUUUACAAAGGACAAAGGGAGGAAUUCUUUAUUUUAAAGCCACUAUCAUUUUUCCUAGUUUUUGUUCUUUAUUAAGAAGCCCAGAUGCAUUUUUGUAACUCAUUUAAAAGAAGGUUAAAAUAGUUAACUUACCUUUUAAGAUUUCUCUACCCCACCCAGAAGGAGAGUUCAAAGGAGAUUGGUACCGGCUCCCUCCACACCCUCUCUUUUUUUUUGCCACACCCUCUCAUUUUUGAGUAGGCUGUGAGGGUAUGAGGAAUAAAGCAAACUUCUGUAUAUAAGGACAAAAUUGUUUGUUUCACAUAAAUUUUGUUACAUAUUUUUGCUAAUGGCUUUGUAUGUAACAACACAGU